AGAGUGGCAGGUGCAGUAACAUCAGAAGGAACGGAAAUACCUGACGACCCGACUUGCAGCUAUGAAUCGAAAUACUCCAAGUGCUGUGGUUCGCCCACAGUGACCAUCUCCAGCUCGAGCGCUGAAACAACUGUGUCCGUUCGUCGCUCACCAGUUCGCCGUGUUCGACCCGAUGCGUUUCGACGCACUCUGCGGCUACGUAGAAGAACUUGUCUCUUUCGACUACACGUACAGAAUCGUCCUGCUCCUGAGAUGUUUGACCCUGUACAAGCACCGAACUCUUCGAAUCCACCAACCCAGUUUUCAAACAUACGCCCAUACCAAUUAUCCCUACAGGAUCCAACAACGGGGUCCCAGCUUUCCUUUGAAACCUACUUAGCUCAACCAGUUGAAAUUCGAUAUCCAUUUAAUUAUGUUGCUGAUCUAUUUGAAGAUGCGUCGCCUACGUCUGCACAAUCCAGAGAGUCGUCCCCGUUUCCUCCGACCGAACUGCAAACCUGACCUCUUUAGGGAUUCAGCCUUCAAUUACCUCACCCGUUCCUGUUAACUAUUCUCUAUUCACCUCUGUCUCAUGAAAAUUUCCGUGGUCGGUUAACUGAUACACUGCUUCC